CUUUUGAUCAGGCAGCUCUUUUCAAUCUCUUGGAUCAUAUUGUUGGCAUUGCAGAUUUUUCGAUUUAUGAUUUGAUUUGAUUUGAUUGAUGGGUUUUGUAGACGACAUCAUGUAUCUUGAGGAUUGGAAGGUGGAAAAGGUUUAAGAAGAACAUUUUGAAGAGGGGUUGUGCCUGAGACUGCUACAAAGAAGGGAAAAGACUACCUUGUUGACCCUAUUCUUCUUGGAUUCUUCAUUUUUUUGGCUAUUGGAUUAUGUGAGUUUUAGAUUUUGAAUGCUAAUUUCCUCAUUUCCUCUUUCAUAUGCUUAUGCUUAUGCUUUGGCAUACUUUUGAUUUUUAUUAUGUGAUUCGAGCUUGUAUGUGGGGAAUUCUCUCAAUCCCUCUCAUUCGACACUUCCAUCUCUCCCAUCAGUUCCAACUUUGUUUUCCAAUAGUUCAGCAGCCGCAAUUGUUAAAGCUUGUGCAUUUCCAUCCGCUGAGUGCCGCUGUCGUGCCUUUUCACCUGCCCAUUCUGUGCUAAGUCAAAGUCGUGGUUCUUCUUUUUAGCAAAAUGCCUACUAUGGCUGAAGCUCAUGCUAAUUUAUGUUCAAUUUAUAAGGACAGUUGUAGUGCACUUGUGGAGGCUUUUAUCAAGAGCUAUAAACAAGUAUUGCUUCUUUGGCCUGAGUUCCCUGAAGUAACAUGCAACAUUUUGCAUACAUUACCGUGCGUCUGCAGUUGGGAGAACCAUGAUAAAAUGUUUUUAGAGGUAGAGAGGAUUAUCAAGAGGCAAAUUAAUAUGUCUGUUCUACCAAGUGUUCAACCUUUUCAUGCAAUAGCAUAUCCUAUUGGCCCAUUACUUGCACUUAAAAUUAGCUAUGUGAGCAAUGACUUCGAUAAUCACCCCUUACCACAUCUUAUGGGAUCUGUUUUUGGCAUGCACAACAGAGAACAUGUUGAGGUCUUUUACUAUGCUUUGAGUCCAAACAAUAAUACAAAGUGGAGCCAACAUAUUCAAUUUGAAGCUGAGCACUUUGUGGAUGUCUCUGCCAUUUUGCAGCAAGGACCUUGGUCGGUCUUGGUUGAUCUUACGUAAGUAGCUGACAGCUUUGGAAGUAGAGGUAGCAAGAGGAGAUCUUCAAAUGGCUCAAGUUGAAUCUGGUAGCUUGGCAGAGGUUUUUCUUUCUAACUUAUUUUGGAACUAAAAAAAAUCGAUAGAUGGAAAGUUCAAUUUUAAGAAGGUUGACAAGUGGAGAAGGUGCACCCAAUACAAAAAGAACUUCAUAACAACAUUAUAACAAGUACAAGUGGUCAGACAAAGAUGUCUAUAAUCAGACACUGCUGAAGCUGGAGG